UUUAUUCAAUGCAAGGAAACCAAUAGAAUUUUACUACGUGUGUCUGUUCCUAGAUUUAUUUGAAUCAAAACGAAAAAGAGGUUCACCUUAAUUAAAAGGUUUUUCCCAACACCUGUGUAAUCUAUCAAAACUAGUCCCACAUUUUAAGUUAUCAUGAAAAGUCUAUUGAUAUUUUUAGUUUCCACGUCAAUAAUUGGCCUUGCUUCAUUGCAAAAAAAUAUUAAUCCACAAGAAGUUAAAUGCCUCGUAUGUAAAGCAACAGUUCAGGAAAUGGAAGAGGCCGUUUCCAAAAUAGAUCCACAAAGAGUUGUUGAAGUCAGUGGUUUCCGAAUCGAUGACAAGGGUAAUCUCAUUAGUAAAACCGCCAAGUACAGUAAAUCAGAGACAUACCUCACCGAAUUGAUGGAGACUGUUUGCUCGAAAAUAGACGACUAUGUUAAAGUGACAAGAAAGAAGACUGGUAAAUUGGAACUUUUGAAAAUGAGCACGGAUGGCUUGAGUUCGGCUAUGACGGAGUUUGAUUUCAUUCAAGAUGGUGAUUUAAAUAAAAGUCUUCCACAUUAUUGCCUUGAGAUUCUCGAAGAUCAAGAAGACGCUUUCCUAAAAUCAUUCAUGAGUGAGACUCUAGAAAGUGAUUUGGACAUAAGGAUAUGUUCCCAGAAGACAAACUAUUGUAAAGAUGCACCAAUUCAAGAGGAUUACCAGUUGGAAGACGAAGAUUUGAGGGAAGAAUUAUGAUGAAACCGAAUAUUUUGAAACAAAAUUUAUGUAGUUAGGAAAUUGAGUUAAAAUUAUUAAUAUAACUUUUGAUAUUUUUUUCAUUUUAAAAAAAAUUAUUGGUUCCUAGUUUAAAAAGACGACUUAACAAUGUAAACAAUACUUCCGUCUGUAUAGAUGUUUGUACCUUCCAUUUGAUAAGAAAAAAAGACGAAUAAAAUGAAACUAGAUGUUUUAAAUUA